AUGUGUCGGAGGAAACACAGUACAACUGGCGACCGUGUCACACGGGAGUUGGUAGAGCGUGAUGGGACAAGGACAUCCCGGAUGGCCAAACCCUCCCCUAACCCAGAAGACCCUGGGCCAAUGUGUCGGAGGAAACACAGUCCAACUGGCGACCGUGUAACACGGGAGUUGGUAGAGCAUGAUGGGACAAGGACAUCCCGGAUGGCCAAACCCUCCCCUAACCCAGAAGACCCUGGGCCAAUGUGUCGGAGGAAACACAGUCCAACUGGCGACCGUGUCACACGGGAGUUGGUAGAGCAUGAUGGGACAAGGACAUCCCGGACGGCCAAACCCUCCCCUAACCCAGAAGACCCUGGGCCAAUGUGUCGGAGGAAACACAGUCCAACUGGCGACCGUGUCACACGGGAGUUGAUCACUCCCUACUACCUGCCUCAGGUCCCUCCCUACUACCUGCCCCAGGUCACUCCCUACUACCUGCCCCAGAUCACUCCCUACUAUCUGUCCCAGAUCACUCCCUACUACCUGCCCCAGAUCAUUCCCUACUGCCUGCCCCAGGUCCCUCCCUACUACCUGCCCCAGGUCCCUCCCUACUACCUACCCCAGGUCCCUCCCUACUACCUGCCCCAGAUCACUCCCUACUGCCUGCCCCAGGUCCCUCCCUACUGCCUGCCCCAGGUCCCUCCCUACUACCUACCCCAGGUCCCUCCCUACUACCUGCCCCAGAUCACUCCCUACUGCCUGCCCCAGGUCCCUCCCUACUACCUGACCCAGGUCCCUCCCUACUACCUGCCCCAGGUCCCUCCCUACUCUCUGCCCCAGAUCACUCCCUACUGCCUGCCCCAGGUCCCUCCCUACUACCUGACCCAGGUCCCUCCCUACUACCUGCCCCAGGUCCCUCCCUACUCUCUGCCCCAGAUCCCCCUACUGCCUGCCCCAGAUCCCCCUACUGCCUGCCCCAGAUCCCCCUACUGCCUGUCCCAGAUCCCCCCUACUGCCUGCCCCAGAUCCCCCUACUGCCUGCCCCAGAUCUCCCCAUACUGCCUGCCCGAUAUCCCUCCACUGCCUGCCCCAGAUCCCUCCACUGCCCCAGAUCCCCCUACUGCCUGCCCCAGAUCUCCCCUACUGCCUGCCCCAGAUCCCUCCACUGCCUGCCCCAGAUCCCCCUACUGCCUGCCCCAUAUCCCUCCACUGCCUGCCCCAGAUCCCUCCACUGCCCCAGAUCCCCCUACUGCCUGCCCCAGAUCACUCCCUACUGCCUGCCCCAGAUCUCCCCCUACUGCCUGCCCCAUAUCCCUCCACUGCCUGCCCCAGAUCCCUCCACUGCCCCAGAUCCCCCUACUGCCUGCCCCAGAUCCCUCCACUGCCUGCCCCAGAUCCCUCCACUGCCUGCCCCAGAUCCCUCCACUGCCUGCCCCAGAUCCCCCUACUGCCUGCCCCAUAUCCCUCCACUGCCUGCCCCAGAUCCCUCCACUGCCCCAGAUCCCUCCACUGCCCCAGAUCCCCCUACUGCCUGCCCCAGAUCCCCCUACUGCCUGCCCCAGAUCUCCCCUACUGCCUGCCCCAUAUCCCUCCACUGCCUGCCCCAGAUCCCUCCACUGCCCCAGAUCCCCCUACUGCCUGCCCCAGAUCCCUCCACUGCCUGCCCCAGAUCCCUCCACUGCCCCAGAUCCCCCUACUGCCUGCCCCAGAUCCCUCCACUGCCUGCCCCAGAUCCCUCCACUGCCUGCACCAGAUCCCUCCACUGCCCCAGAUCUCCCCCUACUGCCUGCCCCAGAUCCCUCCACUGCCUGCCCCAGAUCCCCUACUGCCUGCCCCAUAUCCCUCCACUGCCUGCCCCAGAUCCCUCCACUGCCCCAGAUCCCUCCACUGCCCCAGAUCCCCCUACUGCCUGCCCCAGAUCACUCCCUACUGCCUGCCCCAGAUCUCCCCUACUGCCUGCCCCAUAUCCCUCCACUGCCUGCCCCAGAUCCCUCCACUGCCCCAGAUCCCCCGCUACUGCCUGCCCCAGAUCCCUCCACUGCCUGCCCCAGAUCCCUCCACUGCCUGCCCCAGAUCCCUCCACUGCCUGCCCCAGAUCCCCCCACUGCCUGCCCCAGAUCUCCCCUACUGCCUGCCCCAUAUCCCUCCACUGCCUGCCCCAGAUCCCUCCACUGCCCCAGAUCCCCCUACUGCCUGCCCCAGAUCCCUCCACUGCCUGCACCAGAUCCCUCCACUGCCUGUCCCAGAUCCCUCCACUGCCUGCCCCAGAUCCCCCACUGCCUGCCCCAGAUCCCUCCAAUGCCUGCCCCAGAUCCCCCCACUGCCUGCCCCAGAUCCCCCUACUGCCUGCCCCAGAUCCCUCCACUGCCUGCCCCAGACCCCUCCACUGCCUGCCCCAGAUCCCCCCACUGCCUGCCCCAGAUCCCCCCACUGCCUGCCCCAGAUCCCUCCACUGCCUGCCCCAGACCCCUCCACUGCCUGCCCCAGAUCCCUCCACUGCCCCAGAUCCCCCCACUGCCCCAGACCCCUCCACUGCCUGCCCCAGAUCCCUCCACUGCCCCAGAUCCCCCCACUGCCCCAGAUCCCCCCACUGCCUGCCCCAGAUCACUCCACUGCCUGCCCCAGAUCCCUCCACUUCCUGCCCCAGAUCCCCCACUUCCUGCCCCAGAUCCCCCCCACUGCCUGCCCCAUUGCAGCACCGAUGCACCGCGCCACCCAGCACCCGCCACACGGCCCGCCGGAGUCUCCAGCGACAACAGGAGGGACCAUAUUCCAAUUUCUGCUUCCUGUCAGCGGUGA